AUGAAGGGACACGCACCGCCUGAAACGCGUUCUGUUUACCCACGAAAUACGGGUGAAGUGAAAACAGAAAGUAAAGCAGUGACAGAUGAAGCGAACAUGGGCGAGAGUGUUAGGGCUAGCACAGUAACAACCAAUACUACAUUUCCCACAAGUAGUUUGGGUGUAAGUUCGACUGUACCGGAGAGCAAUCGAGUCGAUGGACAGGUGGGUGGUGGGGAGGCGCUGGAGGCAGCGUUGUGCCAGCUCGGCCCCUUUGGCCCCUACCAGCGAUACGUGCUGACACUACUCUGCCUGCCCAGCCUGCUCUCUGCCAUGUACUCCUUCAACUAUGUUUUUGUUGCUGAGCAGGUGCCUUUUCGGUGUGUGGUGCCGGAAUGUGAAGGCGCUGGGGCUUCGUUUGGAAAUACUUCAGUACAGGCGCUGCUCAGCCCGGAGCCUUGUCACCGAUACUCGCCGCUAACUGACGCCCCCACCUGCUUGCGCGAGGACUUCCAUCUCAAUCACACUGUCAAAUGCGAUGCCUUUAUCUAUGAGAACCAGAAUACUAUUUAUGCCGAGUUCGGGCUGGCGUGCCGCGAGUGGCUGCGCACGCUGGUGGGCUCGGUGCGCAACGCUGCCCUCCCACUCGCGCUGCUGCUCACUGGAUACAUCUCCGAUAGAUGGGGUCGUCUCACUGCAUUCUGCAUAUUCUCUGCUUGCGCCGGAGUCAUGGGGCUCAUCAAGUCCUUCUCCGUCAAUUACCAAAUGUACAUCGCGCUGGAGUUUCUAGAAGCAGCGCUUGGAUACGGGUUCGCAAGUGCUGCUUACGUCAUGGUGGUGGAGCUAGCGCGUCCAUCGCUGCGCGCGUCGUUCGCGUGCGCGACUGGCGUGGCUUAUGGGGUGGGCGGAGCACUGCUAGCUCUGGCUGCGCAUCGGCUCCAUCGCUGGCGUCAGCUGCUGCUAGCGCUGCACACACCCGCGCUGCUGCUGCCGCUCUACUGCUUGCUGCUGGACGACAGCGUACGCUGGCUCCACGCGACCGCCAGGCAAGAUGAAGCCAUCGCGGUGCUACGUAAAGCCGCGAAGUGGAAUAGGGUGACCCUAAAUGAGGAAACACUAAAAGCAAUUGGGGCAAGGGACAAUAAACAAGAAGAGAAAAAUCAGGUGUCAUGGCUGGCACUGGUGAAGACCCGGGCGCUGGUGGUGAAGCUGGCGGCGUGCGGCUGGUGCUGGGCAGCGGCUGCUUUUAUAUACUACGGGCUCACUAUCAACUCGGUCGCUCUCUCCGGGGACAAGUACAUCAACUUCGCGCUCAACAUGGCUAUGGAGAUCGUCGCGUCACUGCUCAUCAUGAUGGCGCUCGAGCGAUUCGGAAGAAAGAAGAGCAUACUCGCUUCGUUCCUUGUAUGCGGUGUUGCCUGCAUUGCGCCAUUUUUUAUAUCGCACGUGGGCACGGGUCUGGGGCUGUACUUCGCGGGCAAGCUGGGAGCGACGAGUGCGUUCAACUCGCUGUACGUGUUCAGCGCGGAGCUGUUCCCCACGGGCGUGCGGGCGCGCGCGCUGUCCGCCGUCUCGCUGCUGGGCCGCAUCGGCUCCGUGCUGGCGCCACAGACACCGCUGCUGAGCCGGAGCGUACAGGCGCUGUUGUACGGCGGCUGCGCGCUGUCCGCAGCGCUGGCUCUGCUGCUGCUGCCCGAGACGCGCCGCGAGCCGCUGCCGCACUGA